AUGAUCGAAAAAGGAGAGACAGACCUGAGAGGAAACGGAGCUUUGACCGACCUCAACCGGGGAACAAGAAUGGUGCAACAGCGAGAGACGACUCGAGAUCAGACUAUCGCAGAAGGAGGCAUCGUUCAAGAAGUCCACGCAAAGAUUAUAGAAGGGAGAGAAGAGAGCAUGCGUCCAGCAGCAGAUCGCCGCCCCACCACCCUCGAAGCUCUCGAGACGAUCGCAAACUUUCAAAGCGUGACCACAGCGCAUCUCGCUCUCCUCCGCCGAAGCGGAGGCGUCAUGACUCUCGAGACGGUCGCAGCCUCGAAGCGCUCGAAUGGUCCGCUCCCCUCUCAACAAGCAGCCUUCAAGAAGGAUCCAACCUCCGACGCCGUCGUCAAAGCACCCGAAGAGGUCGAAAAACAAAAGCCAAACUAUGCUCCCACCGGUAAACUCGCCGCAGAAACAAACACCGUCGCCAACACCUCCAUCGUCCUCAAAUACAACGAACCACCCGAAGCGCGCCUCCCCCCCUCUUCCUCCGCCUGGCGUCUUUACGUCUUCAAAGGCUCGGAUCUUCUCGAGACAUUGUCUCUACACGAGCGCUCCUGCUGGUUGUUUGGACGGGAGAGAGCGGUGGUGGAUUUUCCGACUGAGCAUCCGAGUUGCAGUAAGCAGCAUGCGGUUCUGCAGUUCAGGUAUACGGAGAGGAAAGAUGAGUGGGGAGAGAAAAAGGGUGGAGUGAAGCCUUAUGUAAUUGACUUGGACAGUGCGAACGGGACGAGAGUGAAUGGGGAGAAAGUGCCGGAGAGGAGAUAUGUGGAGGUCAGGAGUGGCGAUGUCGUGACUUUGGGUGAAUCUACAAGAGAGUACGUUUUGAUGCUGCCACCGAAGGAACCACCGAAAGGCUGA